CAAUGAGUUUAGAAGUAAAUAGUGCGAAACUAGAAGAGGAGAUAAAUGGUAUUGUGAACUCAGCUUCCUAUUCCAUCCUAAAUGCCCAGAAAGACUUUGACGCGUCUUCCUUAAAGUUACUGAACCCUCAGAACAUCCAUGAAGAAAUAGUGUACCAAAAGGAGAUUUUUUCCAAGUUGAAGUUUCUCUACUUGGAGCAGGAGACUCGUGAUAAGUUCCUUCGAAAGGUUUCCGAAGUUUCAGCAGAAGAAAUCGACGGCGCAGACUUGGAAAAGGCCGAAGAUGCCGCUGUUGUCAGUAAGAAAAAUCUCCAUGACUUGAAAGCUAGGAUGUACCAACAGAUUGAAGUCUUGGACACGGUAGCUACAGAUAAUACUCGCCUAUAUGACACCUACACGCGCAAGGUAGAAGUGGCAAAUGAGCUUGUUGCCGAAAUUCGCGGUUUGGAAGCUGACCUUGACGAACUCAUGAAGGACUCAGUUUUUGAAAAUCCCCAGAUCGUAGCAAAGAUCGCCUCUGAUCAUGGAAAUUCUGUAGAAGAUGUAGACCAGCUUGUUCGCCGUAACGAGACGGAGCUAGAGGAGCAUAGUAGUGAGCUACAAAGGCUCAUAGAUGACAUCGAGCUGAAAAAGUUGUUGAAUGUGAAACAACUUCAACACAUCCACAGCUCAAAAUCAAAGCUUGAGGAGUUGAAACUGCUCGUGUCAAACCAAGAGAAUCCUGUUGUAAAUCCUGCGGACGACAAAUUGCAAAAUUACGCAAAAUGGUGUCACGAGAUGAACGGAAUCAUUAUCAGAUUCACUAAUAUCAAGUCUCUCAAGUUAAGGUUGGCUCAGGACAGCAAUUUUGUUCUUUCAAUGAAACAUAAAGAUGAAGAAGUCCAGAUAGUAUACGACGAACUUUUCCACGUCGUAGAUGUGACUGGAAUCGUAGAUACAGACAAGGUAGAACAGUUCAAGAGAAUCACCAAUAGCCAUUCCACAAUCAGUGAAGAAACAUUUUUAACGGAAACCGUCAAAUUCCUCAACUCCACAAUUUUACAAAAGUCCUCAUAG